AUGAGUGACUUAGAACUUCUCAGGGAACUUGGGCAAAAGAAAUUCCAAGACCAAGCAGUCUGGAUGUUGAAUGCGUUGUGGCUGAAAGAAAAAGAUGCCCACGCAGAAGAGAUCUGGAAUUUUGUGAAUCUUUUUUCAUCUCUUGAGCAAGAGAAUGGGAAAGAAGGCAAUGGUUUAGACGAAGUCAACAUGCACCGAGUUUUUGAGAAACUUGGAGCGCAGCAGACGUUCCAAGAGAUGAGAAAUCACAUGAGAAAGGUUGGAGUGACUUCUUUCAAAAAGAUUUCUAUGAUCAACUUCCUUAUCUUCUAUUUUAAGCAAGACUUUGCCGAAGUUGUUCAUGCGCCUCAAGGGGGUAAUCAAGAGAACAUCGAAAAGGCCAAACACAUGUUAGAGGAAGUCACCGUCUUAUUUGAAAGUGCACAAAAGAAAGCCGAAGAGGCCAAAGCCGCUGCUGAGGAAUCCAAAAAUAGAACUGCCGAAGCCAAAAAGGCCUUUGAGGAUUCCGCUCAGAAAGCCGAAGAAAGUAAAGCCGCUGCGGAAGAAGCGACUAAAAAGGCAGAAGAGGCUUCUGCGGCCAAAGACGAAGCUACACAAAAAGCAGAGGAAAGUGCACAGAAGGCAAAUGAAGCUACACAGAAGGCUGAAGAGAGCGCAGCGGCUGCGGAAGAUGCGAGAAAGAAAGUCGAAGAAGCUGCACAGAAGCUCGAAGAGAGUGUGAAGACGGCUAAAGUUGCUACCGAUGCCGCGGAAGUUGCUAAGAAAGACGAGGACGAAGCUAUUGAAAGACAAAAAGAGGCGCAAGCUGCUGAAGACGAAGUGACAAAAGCUUUGAAUGAAGUCAAGUCACAAGAAGAAGCAAAAGAAAACAAGAAAGCCGCUUUGAAGAAGAAAAUUGAAACUGCCGGAUUAGUCGCAAAGAAUGCUGCUAUUCAGGAACUCGCUAAAUUGGACAAUGAAGAUGAUUUGCCAUUGAGAAGAGCUAAAAUUACACUCGAAGCAGCUCAGAAGAGAGCUGCCAAGCCUGUAAAAAUUGCUACCGAAGCAAGAGAAAAGGCUUCAGCGACUGCUAAAGCCGCUGAAGAGGCUAAAGAGGCCGCAGAAGCUUCUAAACAAGCAGCCGAAGAAGCACACAAUGCAGCUGAAACUGCUAAGGAACAAGCUGAAGCCGCUCUUCAAGCAUCUAAUGAAGCCAAAGCACAAGCCGAAGAAGCACUUGAAAAGUCGAAUGCUGCUAAAGCUCAGGCUGAAGAAGCUGAACGCCAGGCAGUUGCCGCGAAGGAAGACGCCGAAGAGAAGUUGCGACUUUCUAAUGAAGCGAAACAACAAGCCGAGGAAGCACAAGCAAAAGCCGAAGAAGCUGAGAAACAAGCCAUCGAAGCACAAGAACAGGCAGAAAAGGCUGUUGAAGAUGCAAACAACAAAGUCGCCGAGGCCGAAGCGUAUCUCGAAGAACAGAAGAAGAAGGCCGAAGGCGCGGGACAAGGAACAAUCUGGUUCAUGCAGAGAGAAGUCACUGAAAAGAAGAAGUUCAUGCCUGUGAGAAAGGGUGGUAUAGUUAAGAAUUAA